UUGCAGUUCAGACAGUACCAGGCCAGCGGGAGACCGGGGAGAAAUAAUCGAACGUACCCGUGUCUUGGGUUUAAAAAAACGGUUAAAUCAACAGACAUUCUCGUCUUCGGUAAAAUUAUGGUAAUAACGUUAGUUUGAUGAGUAUAAACUACAAUACAAUACAAAUACAAUACGUAACGUUCCGCGAAUGAUUUGAGCCUACGGAUAUUUUGGUACAAUACUUUCGUUUUCAACGCAGCUACCUUUCAUCUACUAAAUUGACACUUAAGAUAGGGGUUAACCUAGCUUAGCGUUACCAACUAUAUAAACGUUACAAGUGCUAGCUCACGUUAAGAUAGCCGUUGAAAAGGCUACUCGAGUCAGUGAAGAUGCUUUGCCAAUCACUCAGCGUUUUCUUACCGUGCAAAUUUUCCUUCUAUUAUCGUGGCCUCCGCACACCUGAAAUGGGACAGCUUGACCAGGUACGUUAAGUGCCAUCACAAGCCCGAUGUUCUCGAUCUCGGAUGUGGCGGCUGCUGUUGAGGACAGGAGUCUAAAUUGGCAGCUGUUGUUAGGCCCAGCAGGGCAGAAUACACACCCCUGUGCGUUUCCACUGUUUACAGCGAAUUUGAAGUGGACAACACUGUGCUAACACUUCAAGUCUCUCCUACCAUCCUAAAGUUCCUUGCAGACUUUCUGCAGAUUUAAUUUUAUGUUUCAGCUGAGCCCACGUAAAUAUAAUCUUUUUUUGCCCUGCUUGUUACAUCUACUGUAUCUCACACUUCGCCAGGUGCUGAGCAAAAAAGAGCUGCCUUAUUGCUGUACCUGAAGGCCAAUGUGGAUGAUCCCCACUGUCUUUCCAUUUAAUGGAAAUACCAGAAUGUGCAUGACUGUGGCCUUACUGUUAGCCAGUGGUGUUGCAUUGAAGAAGAAAUGCAGCUCAGCAGUGCUCUGAUCCAAGGGAGAUGUGCGUUGUUGUCAGUGAACAUUGUAUAAGCUGACCGGGGUUACCGUUGGAGUGCCAAACUGAGACUUUGUAGGGGAUGGAGCAGCUUAGUCAAUUAAAUCCAGUAGGCUGCAGCCUGACAGCACAGCAGGAAGAGGAGCCGGCACACAGUACAGCACACCAAGGCAUUUAAAAUGGCCUCAAUCCUGCAGAAGCUGAUCACCCCGCUUUUCAGCGGUCCUCCUGAGCCCCCCAGGAAUAAAGUGACAGUGGUGGGCGUGGGCCAGGUUGGCAUGGCCUGUGCUAUCAGCAUCCUGCUCAGGGAGCUGGCUGAUGAGCUGGCCCUGGUGGACGUGAUGGAGGACAAGCUGAAAGGAGAAAUGAUGGACCUGCAGCACGGCAGCCUCUUCCUCAAAACCCCCAAAAUAGUUGCAGACAAAGAUUACUCUGUGACAGCAAACUCCCGCAUCGUGGUGGUGACAGCUGGAGUCCGUCAGCAGGAGGGGGAGAGCAGGCUGAACCUGGUCCAGAGAAAUGUCAACAUCUUUAAGCACAUCAUCCCCCAGAUCGUCAAUUACAGCCCAGACUGCAUCAUCAUUGUGGUUUCCAACCCAGUGGAUGUGCUGACUUAUGUGACCUGGAAACUCAGCGGCCUUCCCAAGCACCGCGUCAUCGGCAGCGGCACCAACUUGGACUCAGCCCGCUUCCGUUUCCUGAUGGCCGACAAACUGGGAAUCCACCCCAGCAGCUUCAACGGAUGGAUCCUGGGAGAACACGGAGACACCAGUGUGCCUGUGUGGAGUGGAACAAACGUAGCUGGAGUCAACCUGCAGACGUUAAACCCGGACAUCGGCAACGACUGUGACGAUGAGAACUGGAAAGAGACCCACAAGAUGGUGGUGGACAGUGCUUAUGAGGUGAUCAAACUGAAGGGUUACACCAACUGGGCCAUCGGUCUGAGUGUAGCUGACCUGACAGAGAGCCUCAUCAGGAACAUGAAAAGGAUUCAUCCCGUUUCCACCAUGGUGAAGGGCAUGUAUGGAAUCACUGAUGAGGUGUAUCUUAGUCUGCCCUGCGUGCUGAACAAUGGGGGUGUUGCCAGCGUGGUCAACAUGACCCUGACAGAUGACGAGGUGGCCCAACUGCAGGCCAGUGCCAACACACUGUGGGACAUCCAGAAGGACUUGCAGGAUGUCUAACUGACCAGCAGGUGGCGGGAUAGCUUCAUCUUCCUGACUGCUUAUGGCCUGCCAUCACUCUACAGUCACUGAAACCAGACAGCUCCACCUUCUGCACCUUCAACCCUAUGCCCUCUGUAGAGUCACAGGUAUAUGUACGGAGAUUUAAUCCCGUCAGAUGUAGCUGUAGAUGUCAGCGUUUCUUUACUUCUGCUCGCUGGAGACCAAAUGAGUGAAAUGUUGCUCUGACUCAUUUGUCCUUGACUGUGUUGCAGUGUGGUACCAUUUGUCACUUAUG